AUGGAAGUGGCAUUAGCUAGUGCUGCUUUAAGCGUUAGCUUAAAAUUGGCUGCAUCACCGGCCUUGAAGAAGCUCCUUGGUAAUGCUUCAACGUAUCUUGGAGUGGACACGGCGCGUGAGCUCCAUGAACUAGAGACCACUAUCUUGCCGCAGUUCGAGCUGAUGAUUGAAGCAGCAAACAAGGGAAACCACAGGCACAAGUUGGACAAAUGGCUUCAGGAACUCAAAGAAGGCUUAUACCUGGCUGAAGACUUGCUGGACGAGCAUGAGUAUAACCUCCUCAAGCGCAAAGCAAAGGGGAAGGAUUCCACGCCGGCCAAUGGCUCCUCCAUCAGCAACACUUUUAUGAAGCCUCUGCGUUCUGCAUCAAGCAGGCUAUCCAAUCUGAGCUCCGAGAACAGAAGGCUAAUUAAACAUCUGCAUGAACUGAAGACCACCCUGGCGAAAGCCAAGGACUUCCGUAAACUGCUUUGCCUACCAGCUGGUUAUAAUGCAGAGAACCCGCCCAUACGAUUAGCUGUUGUUCCUGAGACCACAUCAAUACCACCUUUGAAAGUAAUUGGUCGUGACAAGGAUCGUGAUCAUAUAAUAAAACAUCUUACCAAGACAGCUGCUAGUACUGAGUCUAGUACAGCUAUGUAUUCGGGUUUGGCCAUUGUUGGAGUUGGAGGCAUGGGAAAGUCCACCUUGGCCCAGCUUGUUUACAGUGACAAAAGGGUAAAAGAACAUUUUGAUGUGACAAUGUGGGUAAGCAUCUCACGCAAACUUGACGUCCGCCGUCAUACAAGAGAGAUCAUUGAGUCUGCCUCUCAGGGAGAAUGCCCUCGCCUUGAUAACCUUGAUACUCUGCAGCAUAAGUUGACAGACAUACUACAAAAAUCAGGGAAAUUCUUGCUUGUGUUGGAUGAUGUUUGGUUUGAGCCUGGUAGUGAGAGGGAAUGGGAGCAGCUGUUAGCUCCUCUAGUUUCCCAACAGACGGGAAGCAAAGUUUUGGUAACUUCUCGACGGGAUACAUUUCCAGCCGCUCUUUGCUGUGAAGCAGUGUAUCCCCUGAAAAAGAUGGAAGAUGCUCAGUUCUUGGAACUCUUCAAACACCAUGCAUUCUCUGGACCAAAGAUCGGAGAUCCGCAUUUGCGUGAAAGACUUGAAGAUUUUGCAGAGAAGAUUGCUAAAAGGCUUGGACAAUCUGCUUUGGCAGCAAAAGUUGUGGGUUCCCAAUUGAAAGGGAAAGCUGAUAUCACUUCAUGGAAGGAUGCUCUAACUAUAAAGAUUGACAAAUUAAGUGAGCCCAUAAGAGCUCUGUUGUGGAGUUAUGAGGAGUUAGAUCCAUGUCUGCAGAGAUGCUUCCUGUAUUGCAGUUUGUUUCCAAAAGGCCACAAGUAUUUAAUUGAUGAGUUGGUUCAUCUUUGGAUGGCAGAGGGCCUCAUUGAUUCGUGCAACCAAAACAAGAGAGUGGAAGAUAUUGGGAGGAACUACUUCAAGGAGAUGAUCUCUGUUUCGUUCUUUCAACAAUUUGGUAAGCAAAAGGAGCACACUCCCACAUACUAUGUUAUGCAUGAUCUCCUUCAUGAUCUUGCAGAAUCACUCUCCAAGGAGGAAUACUUCAGAUUGGAAGAAGAUAAGGUGGAAGAAAUACCAUCCACUGUUCGACAUAUAUCUGUUUGUGUUGGUAGUAUGAAGCAACACAAGCAAAAUAUCUGCAAGCUACUUCAUUUAUGCACUAUUAUCUGCAUAGAGCCCCUAAUGGAUGAUGUAAGUGACCUUUUUAAUCAGAUACUACAGAAUUUGUCAAAGUUGCGCGUACUAUAUUUGGCAUCUUACAGCAGUAGUAGAUUGCCCGUAUCUGUUGGUGAGUUGAAGCACCUUAGGUAUUUGAACAUCACCAGAACACAGAUUUCUGAAUUGCCAAGAUCACUGUGUACUCUUUACCACUUGCAGUUACUUCUGUUGAAUGACAAAGUUGAGAGGUUGCCUAGGAAGAUGUGCAAUUUAUGGAAAUUACGACAUUUUGAACGGCAUGAUUGUAGAAGAAUUCCAUCGUACACAUCACUGCCUCCAAUUCCCAACAUUGGCAAGCUAACUUCGCUUCAACAAUUUGAGAAGUUUUCUGUGCGGAAGAAGAAGGGAUAUGAGUUGCAACAACUGAGAAACAUGAACGAGAUCCAUGGCAGAUUAAGUGUCACAAAUCUUGAGAAUGUCACUAGGAAGGAUCAUGCAUUAGAAUCGAAGCUGUAUCAAAAAAGUCAUCUUCGCAGCUUGCAACUUGUCUGGAGUCGCAUGAAUAACCCGCACGUAGAGGAUAGUUUACAUUUGGAGAUUCUGGAAGGCCUUAUGCCACCGACUCAACUUGAGGAUCUUACAAUUGAUGGUUACAAAUCUUCAAAAUAUCCUGGUUGGUUACUUGAUGGUUCGUGUUUUGAGAAUUUGAAUCUUUUAAAGUUUGUUAAUUGCAGAGCAUUGCAAAGCCUACCAUCCAAUUCUGAGUUGUUUGAGAAUUGCUCUUCACUUGUCCUGGACAAUGUGCCAAACCUGAAGGUGUUACCUUGUCUUCCACUAGGCCUUAAAAUGUUACAUGUAGACAGAUGCCCACAGCUUAUAUUUAUUUCCAAUGAUGAACAUCAUGAUCAGAGAAAGAGUAUCAUGAGGACACACCACUUGGCAUCACAACUUGGUUUAAUCUGGGAGGUGGAUUCAGGGUUAAAUAUUAGAACUGUACUAUUACGGGAAUAUUUCUUUUUGUGGCAGCUGAUGAUAUGUAUGUGUGCUGAUGUGUCACAUGUUCGAAACCUUGAAACGGCUAUGGAAGGAGAGAAAGAUGAAGUACUGGUAAAAGAGGAUAUCAUAAAGGCAUGGAUGUACAGUCACGAGGAGAGGAUGAGGCUCAUCUAUGGAAGAAGCAUGGGACUACCGCUGGUUCUACCAUCAGGCCUUUGUGAACUUUUUCUUUCUGCAUGCAGUAUUACAGAUGGAGCUUUAGCUGCUUGCCUUCAUGGCCUGACUUCACUGAAAAUAUUGAGCUUAAAAGAGAUUAUGACUUUAACUACACUUCCUUCAGAAGAGGUGGUCCAACAUUUGGCAAAACUUGACCACUUGUCCAUCCGACAUUGCUGGUGUCUCAGGUCAUUAGGGGGGUUACGAGUUGCUACUUCUCUUUCAGAAGUUACAUUGAUUUUGUGCCCUACUUUGAAGUUGGCACAUGGAGCAGAAUGUUUGCCAUUAUCCCUUCAGAAGCUCACAAUACACAAUUGCGUGCUUGCACCUUACUUCCUUUGUACUGAUUGGACACACAUGAAAGAUAUUUACAUAAGCAAUUGUAGAAGCACCGCAUGCUUGUCUAUUGCUAGUCUCUUCUCUGUUAAAUCAUUUUCUCUGCAUCAAUUACCAGAUUUAUGUAUGCUCGAAGGAUUGUCUUCCCUGCAACUCCGCAGCGUACAAUUGAUUGAUGUUCCGAAGCUCAGUCCUGAGUGUAUCUCACAGUUUCGAGUCCAGGACGAACUCACUGUUAGCAGUCCUGUAAUACUCAACAACUUGCUCUCAGCUGAGGGUUUCAAAGUUCCAGCAUAUCUAUCUCUUCGAGGAUGCAAGGAACCAUUUGUUUCAUUUGAAGAAUCCGCAAACUUUACAUCUGUCAAGACCCUGAAAUUCUGUGACUGUCAGAUGACGUCCCUGCCAACAAAUAUGAAGUGCUUCUCCAAUCUGAAGAGUCUCUACAUCUGGGACUGCCCCAACAUAUCAUCUUUACCAGAUCUGCCAUCCUCCCUACAGAAAAUAGAUGUAUGGCGUGGUUCUGAGCUCUUGAUGGAGAGCUGUCGUGCAACUGAUGGAGAAAGUUGGCCAAAGAUCGCGCAUAUCCGCUGGAAGGACUUCAGAAGUGUGAUUUAG